CGGCGUGCGUGUGUGUGCGGCGCGCUGGCCUGGAAGCGCUGGAUUUGUGAGGUGUGCGGACGGGUGCCCGUGAGAGGCAUUGGCGGACAUGGCUCCCAACGUGCCAGCGGCCGAGCCCGAGCCCGAGCCCGAGCAUGCUAAAGGCAUCCGGGCCGUGCUGUUGGGGCCUCCCGGGGCUGGCAAAGGUACCCAGGCACCUAGACUGGCUGAAAAUUUCUGUGUCUGCCAUUUGGCCACUGGGGACAUGCUGAGGGCCAUGGUGGCUUCUGGCUCAGAGCUGGGAAAAAAGCUGAAGGCAACUAUGGAUGCUGGGAAACUGGUAAGCGAUGAAAUGGUAGUGGAGCUCAUUGAGAAGAAUUUGGAGACUCCCUCUUGCAGAAAUGGUUUUCUUCUAGAUGGCUUCCCUCGGACCGUGAGGCAGGCAGAAAUGCUCGACAACCUCAUGGAGAAGAGGAAAGAGAAACUUGAUUCUGUGAUUGAAUUCAGCAUCCCAGACUCUCUGCUGAUCCGGAGAAUUACAGGAAGGCUGAUUCACCCCAAGAGUGGCCGUUCUUACCACGAGGAGUUCAACCCCCCAAAGGAGCCCAUGAAAGAUGACAUCACUGGGGAACCCUUGAUCCGUCGAUCAGAUGAUAAUGAGAAGGCCUUGAAAAUCCGCCUGGAGGCCUACCACACUCAAACCACCCCACUCGUGGAGUACUACAGAAAACGGGGAAUCCACUCUGCCAUUGAUGCGUCCCAGACCCCUGAUGUCGUGUUUGCGUGCAUCCUAGCAGCCUUCUCCAAAGCCACAUCCUAGUAACAGAAGGCCAGGCGAGACUGCACCACUGCUCAUCACCCCACGGCGUGAUCCCUGCUCUUAGGUGCUGGGCAAAGGGGAAGAGUGGUCAGGGUGAAGAUGGAGAGGGAGGGCUGGUGAGGGGCUCAAGAGGAGUAUUUGGAAGAGCAGCAGUGCUGUUAUAGUGAGGCAGAUUCUUUCACACAUGAGUGGUAACUUUAAAGUGUAAGUGAAGGGAAAAAUUAAUUUUAAAAAAAAACACUGUGCUUGGAGGAUAUGGAUAGAAAUAGUGAGGUACAGUAUAAUCUCUAAGGAAUUGGGUUUUCAUUUACUCUGGACUGGUAACAAUGUUUUUUAAAGACAAUGCCCUAAGACCUCAGCUUUCAUCUCCGAACCUCAUGCGUUGCCAGACCAAGAGUACAGGAAAUCAAACUGUUGUCCUAUCUGUCCUGUAGCUUGGAACAGGGAGGGUUUGACUACUGACCCUGGUUCCCCAUACCAUAAGAUCAAGAAACAAUCUUCACAUUUGAAAGAGAUAUGGGAUGUAUUUAUGGGGAGUGGUGGCUCAGCAAAUGAAGUUUAAUGGGGUCGAGGGCAGGGGAGGCCGUACUGACUCCCUUCCUCUGACUUACCACUCAUUCCCUCUACACCUGCUCUCAUGGGUAAGAGCUCAGCAGCCAGCGAGCACAUCCCACAGUCCUGCACUCUUGCCUUCUUUCAUCCACGGUGUGUGAAGGGACCUUUUUAAAUAAAUGAGCAAGUGUCCUAAGCUUUAUCAUCCAAAGAUUGUCAUUCCGUCCUCAAAUCCUGUGACUGGAUCACUCGACAAUACUGUGAUGUAUUACUUCCAAUGAGGUGCCUUUCUUAACUGACCAAAUGCUGCCUUAUUUUGCCCCUAUGUCAAUAAACUGUAUUACAAGUUUGUA